AUGGCCAUCUCCACUAAGCCAGAAACUCUCGCCUUCGUCAUCGGUUUAUCGUAUGUCCUGACGAUCUCGGCGGUGGCUUGGAAGAUUGCGCCACUCUUACAAAAAAUGGUUUUGCCUGAGCAAGGACGAACCACGACUGUGACUAGGGCUAUCUCACAAACCGAAAAUGCGUUCCAUACGCCUGAGGGACAACAUGCUGGCUCGAGAUCGCCACAGUACUCUGGAGAUACAGAAUCAAGGCUCACCAGCGAGAUCAAGGAUCUGAGGGCGGUGAACAAUCAGCUGCAUAAGACUAUCGAGUGUGUCCAGAGCUCUGAAGCCCUCGUAGCCCGCGACCAGAAGAUCGCUCGUCUGGAGGGCGAUAAGCGCAGUCUUACUGCUGAGGUUACGGCGGAGAGGAGAGCCAGUACGAGAGCCAAGGCUCUACAAGCCACUUCGGACGAUGUGGCUACAAGGAUACUGGCUGCCGACGAAUCUGUUCGCAAAGCAGCGGCCAAUGCAUCAAUGCUCAAGACGCAAAACGAUCGCGCUCAAAAGCUGGCGAGGUCGCUUGAAGCGGCCAGGGGCAUGUUACGGGAAGAAAGGGACGAGCUUGAGGGUGCGAGUAGGAGGUUGAGCGGUGGAUUCGCGAUGGCGAAAGCGAAGAUUGAAGAUUUAGAGACGGAGAACGAGGAGCUACGAAUGAGGGUGGUGGAACUGGAGGAUCGGAAUGAGGAGGCAGAGUGGAGCAAGCUGAAGUCUGUUCAGAUCCCGGAGCUGGUGCGGCCUGCUCGUCCUGGUUUGACGGUCAAUACCAAUCACGCUAAUGACGAGAGCGAAGAGGAGCUAUAG